GAUAGUGAUAGUGGUAGUGGUAGUGGAGGUUUUUGGGAUUCGCUGUGAAACUUUUGGCGGUGAAGCAGUUUGUGGAUUAAUUUGAUCACCAGUGAUUUUUUUUUGGGCGGAAAUGUUCCAGGAGCCGACGGGAGAAUCAUUGGUCCUUCCCGUGGUGCACUGCUGGGUCUGAGGACGGAGCAGAUCUGUGGGAGACCAGCCACCCGGCCCGAGGGCCACCCACCAACAGGACAUGCUGGCGGCCAUGCUGCGCCAGAGUACUGGCGGAGGAUCAGGAGGCGGUGGCGGCGGUGGCGGCGGCGGCAGCGGCGGCGGAGGAGGAGGAGCCAAACUCUCUUUCUCCAGACUCUCCAGCUCCAGCCUGGGCUCAGCCAGCCCCAGCAGCGUGGGGGGCCCCUGGGGGCCCGGCAGGCUCUCCAAGAGCGGCUCGCUGGGCUCGGACGGCCCCGACGCCCCCGCCUCCGACCCCGUCUACAUCAUGCAGCUGGUCAGCGACGUCCGCAAGUUUGCUGAUGUGCUUCUACAACUGAAAGAAGUUUUCAACUCCAAAGAGCACCAGGACUGCCUCCAUCAGGCGGUGCACGAGCGUCUGGGGGAGCUGCUGCGGGUCCUGAAGGCCAUCAUCAGCAAACACCAGAGCCUCAACUCAGUGGACAUCCUCAGUACGGCUGGAACCGUCAUCGCCACGGUCAAAGGAGUGAACUUUAAGGAGGUGAACGAGGAGAACAAGCAGACGCUGUUCGGAGAGAUCUACUCUGCUAUCGACACAUUGGCGUUCACCUUUGGCAAUGUAGUGUCUGACUUCCUUAUGGGAGAUGUAGAGAACGGAUCAGUGUUGGGGCUCCCCCUGACCAAGAGGAGCAGGUCUUUUGAGAACCUCUCUGUGGAAUCUGGAGGAUCCGGUCCCGAGAAAGAUGAUCCGCCAGGACCGUCCCCGCCGAUGCGGGCCGAGGAGGUGGACCGCUCGCUGCAGCGGCAGGACGGCGGCGUGGAGUCAGCGCUGCUCUACGCCAAGGCCUGGUCCAAGUACACCAAGGAGCUGCUGGCCUGGGUGGACAAGCGCCUCAGCAUGGAUAUUGAGUGUGCAAAGAGUUACGCCAAAAUGGCCGAAUCUGCCAAGACACUCGCCAGUCAGCAGGAGUUCAUGCCUUUCCGUGAGAUCUACAUGACGGCUUUCAAACAUGACUUAGAAUACAGCCAGCUGGUGCUUCACACCGCCGCCGUGCUGCAGAGCAACAAGUUCAUGCAGCCGCUCCUGGCCAGAAAGAACGAGCUGGACAAACUACGGAAAGAGGUGAAGGAGCAGUGGCAGAGAGAGCAGAAGAAGAUGAACGAGGCGGACUCUGCUCUGAGGAAGGCUCGGCUGCUGCAGGCCCAGCGGCACGAGGAGCACGAGAAGGCCAAGGUGUCCACCAGCCGGCUGGAGGAGGAGCAGACCGGAGGAGGAGGAGGAGCAGCGGGGGCCAAACAGCUGGAGAAGAGACGCCGGCUGGAGGACGAGGCCCUGCAGAAGGCGGAGGAGGCCCGGGAGCACUGCAAGGCCUGCCAGGUGGACGUGGGGGUGAAGAGAGUCGACCUGGCCAACACCAAGAGUGAGAUCAUCGCUCAGAUCAGAGAGAUGGUCUCCCAGUGUGACCUCACCUUCAAGGCUGUGACGGUGAACUGGUUCCAGCUGCAGCAGGCGCAGGUUGUUUCUCUUCCUGUCAAUCAUCAGAGUCUGUGUGAAAACGCCAAACUGUACGAGCCGGGCCAGAGAUACAUCGACUUCGUCAGGAGUUUACCCACCGACGCUCCUCGCCUCGAGUCCCACUCCUUUGAUUCAACCGCCACACAAAACACAGGGUUGCCUUUCAACAAGCGCUCGCUGACCGGCAGCCACUCGUCCCACAGUAACCUGUCGCAGGCCUCGGUGACCUCUGACCUUCUGGGUGCAGAUGAGGUGGAGAGUCCAACCACAGCGCAGCACGCCAAGAUAGCAGAACGACGCUCCAACAGCAGCACUGACAUCCAAGCUCUUCGGAUCCAGGCCCCGUUCCGUCCCUGGGCCUCCAGCAGCCAGGGCGGAGGGAUGUGCAGCGACUCAGAGAGUGCUGGAGGCAGCAGCGAGUCCCGCUCCAUGGACUCACCUACUGCCAGCCCAGGAGACUUCAAGAGGAGAUUACCCAGAACCCCCUCCACCGGCACCAUGUCGUCAGCUGAUGACCUGGACGAGAGAGAGCCGCCUUCACCUUCUGAUAACGGUCUGAGUGAGAUGAUCAUAGAAACCGCCAGCUCUCCGGGUCCCUUCAGGAACACUCAGAUGUCCAAAGCUGCUCAGACCCACAAGCUGAGGAAACUCAGAGCGCCGUCCAAGUGUCGCGAGUGCGACAGCCUGGUGGUGUUCCACGGAGCAGAGUGUGAGGAGUGUUCGUUAGCGUGCCAUAAGAAGUGUCUGGAGACUCUGGCCAUCCAGUGUGGCCAUAAGAAGCUGCAGGGGAAGCUGCAUCUGUUCGGCAUCGACUUCACUCAGGCAGCCAGGAACAGCCAGGACGGGAUUCCCUUCAUCAUCAGGAAGUGCACGUCAGAGAUCGAGAACAGAGCGCUCAACAUUAAGGGAAUCUACCGUGUGAACGGUGCCAAGUCUCGGGUGGAGAAGCUCUGCCAGGCGUUUGAGAACGGCAAAGACCUGGUGGAGCUGUCGGAGCUUUAUCCCCACGACAUCAGCAACGUGCUCAAACUCUACCUGAGACAGCUCCCAGAGCCGCUCAUCCUGUUCCGCUACUAUAAUGACUUCAUCGGUCUGGCCAAGGAGAGCCAGAGCAUCAUGGUGGAGGAGCUGGAGGCGCUGCGGCUCAGUCCCACGCCGGCGGCGCCGGCCGGGGUCAGCGUGGACCUGAACCGGGCCCUCUUCAAGAUCAAGGACCUGCUGAGGCAGCUGCCAGCAGCUCACUACAAGACGCUGCAGUUCCUCAUCGAGCAUCUGCACCGGGUGACGGAGCAGUGUGAGGAGAACAAGAUGACAGCCAGUAAUCUGGGUAUUAUCUUCGGUCCAACGCUGAUCAAACCCCGGCAGGCGGACGCUGAGGUUUCCCUCUCGUCCCUGGUGGACUACCCGUACCAGGCCCUGAUCGUGGAGCUGCUGAUCCGACACUAUGAGAUGAUCUUUGACGCGCCCCUCAGCCCCCUGAGUGGCUCCUCCCCCAUAGACCUGGACGGCCACGCCCGCCUCUCCCACCAGGAGAAGGAGCAGCUGAGCCGGCACUCCAAGUCGCUGGGAGACAUCAAGGAGCAGAGCUCUAAGGUUUACAAGAGGCAUUCCUCCAUUAUUCCUUCUUCCCACCUGCUGGCUGAGGUCCAGGAGAAGACGCCAAGCUUCGAUGGGAGUGACUUUGACCCUGUUGAUGAAGUGGACUCGGAGGGCUUCAACGGCGUGUCGUCUCCAGGCGUUGGUGAGAAAGCCGUGGAGCGAGUCCUCAGCCGUUCUCAGCAGAACGUGGUCACCAGAGUCCAGCUCCGACAUCAUCGCACCAAACUGUCCUCGCGGCCGGUGAGCCUGCCGGCUGAACGCGUCCUGACCCGAGGACACGUGGACGAGAACAACAGCCGGAACAGCGCCGAGCAGGACGAGCGGAGAGGAGGGAGCAUCGACCAGUCGAUAGAAGAGCUGGACGAGACGGAGAACAGCAAGCAGAGAGCGAGCUCUCACUACCGCAGCACCUUCAUCGACACGCAGACGCUACGCAGGACGUGGGACAAACAGUACAAACACGAAGCUGCAGCCAGGACGGUCAGGACGGUGGCCAGUCUGCCCUCAGAGACAACAGCAGGGGACGGAGGCAGCUUGGCCUCUUCUGUACCUUCAUCCUCAUCAUCAUCUUUCUCUCUGGGACUACUGGGAACUACUGGGAGCUCCAGCAGCUCCUUCUUCCCUAACAGACCGUACACGGUCGCAGUGCGACCCAGCAGGACUUUAAGACGGGAGGACAACGUGACCAAGUUCAGUCCCGUAGCUACAGCCUUCAGGGCCCCCAGGACUCUGCAGCCUCCUCCAGGGACCUUCUACAAGCCCCCCUCAGGGAGCAAAGCUAAAGAGCUGCAGAACUGUGCAGCAGCUAACAGCGCAGAGGAGGAAGAUGAUGAGGAGGAGGAGGAGGAGGAGGAGGAGGAGGAGGAGGAUGAUGAGGAGGAGGAGUUGGGGAUUGAGUUGGAGGUUUCUGUAGAUGAGCCUCUGGAGGACAAUGAGGCCGAGCAGGCAGCCAUGAUGUCUCCCAGCUCCAGUCCAGAGGAACUGGGCCCAAACCAGAACAAACCAGUGUACCAGAGACUCCGGCCCAGACGCCUCCAGGAGGUGGAGCACCGAGAGGCUCACUUUGUUUGAUCGCCUGAGAGUCCAAUGUGAACAAUGUGUGACAGACAUCUGCAGGACUCUGCAGAAGCUAUGCUAACAAGCUAAGCUAGCAGAUGUUUGUGGCACCAUGUGGACGAUGAAAUGUACCUUUGGUCCUCAAAAGACAAACAGGAUGCACUUAAAAUGCUGUAUAUUUUUAAAUUCACCAAUAUUUCAUUUUUCCAAUCACUUGCUCAGUACACUCUGGCACCUGCUCAGAAUAUUUAUAAUUCUUUUUUUAAACUGUGCAAUUACAUUUUUAUUUGAAUCUUUUGUACCAGACUCACUUUGUAUGUUUAUAUACCAAAAAAAAAACCUAUGUUUGAAUCGUUACAAUAGUGCACGUAGCCACAACACUGAAAAAACCUGUUUGGUGCACUUAUCAAUACUUUGACACAGUCGUAUUUUGACCUACUGUGAGUCAGAAUGUUUUAAACUGUUACAUUUAGGUUAUAAUUAAUCAUCUUGCUAAUAACUUGUAUAAAGCAAUAUAACAACAUGUGUUCCAUGCUGUACUGGGUAUCUGCAUCGGCAUUUGGUCAUGUUAUGAAGCACUCGUUGCAAAGGGUCAUCCACUUGUUUUUAUACUGUUCAACUUGUAUGAGUCAGCUUCCACUGAUCUGAUCUGAAAAGCUUUUAGAAAUGCCUCUGGAUUGUUUAAUGGCAUUACCUUUCUUAUUUUGAUAUAACAAUUACAUUUCUACAUAGCCAAAGCUGU